AUGGGAUCUGUUUAUCAGAGUGUUGUGUUUUGUGGCUUACUUGUUUGUUCUUGCUUAUUGGUAAGUGUUAGAACCUCCCAUCUUGUGGACCUAACCCUAGGGUUCACUGAACUCCCUCUGAAUACUUCUCAUUUCAAACUUCAAACGCCUUAUGACUUACCCGCAAGCUCAAGGUACAGCUUCAACCAUGGAAUUCACAGGCUUUGGGUAUACUCCACUGACAAACCUUUCAGCAAGAAAAGCCGUGGUUCUCGAUCUGAAAUCCGAAUUCAAGGUUAUGAUUAUUCUUCAGGAGUGUGGCAAUUUGAAGGGCAUGGAUACAUACCUAGUGGCACUUCAGGGGUGAGCGUGAUGCAAGUGUUCGGAGCGGAUCCUCCACGAGCAACGACUCUAAUGGUUAGAACUUACAAUGGUUCGCUUACGUAUUACAGGAGUCCACUAUUAGUACCAUAUAUCUGGGACAGAUGGUUCCAGUUAAAUGUGAUCCAUGAUGUGGAAGCUUCCAUUGUUAGGGUUUAUAUAGAUAGGGUUCUGGUUUAUGAAGCUCCUGGCCAAGGAGGUGCCUCCCAUUACUUCAAAUUUGGAGUCUAUAAACAGAAUGAUCCUUCUUACUACAUGGAGUCUCGUUGGAAGGGAAUCAGGGUUCUUCAUAAAGUUCACUACUGA